CCCACCACACCCUCAACCUCAGUCAGCGAACUGACUUCACGAAAUUUUCGAAAUCGCAAAGAAAAGUUACGCACCCAAUUCGUCAACUCCACGAGAAAAACCCACUCAGAAGACGAAGAACAAUUCCUCCGCGCCUACACAAUGUCGAAUGUCUGGUGGCGCAGUACGACCAGCAGUACCAGCAGCAGCGGGUGUGGAAUGCAGAGCCUGCGAAGCAGCGGCGGGCUGCUAGUACGCAAGCAGCAGCCGGCGCGAGUUUUCGCGGCAAGGACGUAUGCGCGGAAAGCGAUGACGAAGCGGGAGAAGGCUGCGAUUCGGUCGAAGCGCGUGCCGUACAUUGAGACCAAGAAGUAUCUCAACAAGGCGGGCUUGCCGGACGUGAACCCGAUUUUCGGGCGAUACACGCCUUUUGUGCGGAAAAUUUUGGUCGGGUUGGGUGCUGGCGCGCGGAUUCCUGCGGAUGCGCCGAAGACGGCGGUGGAAAAGAUUGAUGGUGCGGAAAAGGAGGAGAAGGCGUUGGAGCUUGGAUACGGGCUUUCGAACCAGGAGCCGGAUAUGAUUAUGUUUGCGAUUGAGAACAAGAAGGCGGAGGAGCGCUUUGCGAGUGCGCGCGAACAGGUCGAGAAAGGCGUCGCUGAGGUCGAGGAGCUGUACGCGCCUGUGAUUCAAGAGGCCAAGCAGCGGGUCGCUGACGCGGUCGAUGCCGAUGAACUCCAGGAUGCAAGGGAUUACCUCGCCGAAGUCGAGGCCACGCAACAGCAGUACAUCGACGAGGCGCGCAAGCAGCCGUGGAAAGACACGGCCGCGGAGGACGUCGAGCGCGGCUACGAGCACCAGCGGCAAGCAGUCAACCGUAUCAUGGCCAUCACCCGCGCGGACGCGGACUCGUGGCGCAAGGGGAUGGUGAAGAACGCGGUGAAGGAGUUUGGCAUGGACAGUCUGGACUCGGGGUCGGCGGAGUCGCAGGCCGCGGUGAUGACUGUUCGCAUCGUGACGCUGGCGGAGCACGUAAGGGUGAAUAAGAAGGACAAUUCGGCGACGCGGAGACUGACGAUGUUGAUUCAGCAGCGUAACUCGAUGCUCAAGUACUUGAAGAAGAAGAGCAUUGCGAGAUACAUGCUGUGCAUCACCCGUCUCGGUCUGGACGACGCGGCAAUCACGAAGGAGUUUAGAUUUUCCAGGAAGCUGUUGGGCGAGUAGAAAAGCGUGCAGAGGAGAUGUUUUAUUAAUGUAUAUACUACCUAUAACAACCUGUACAAUCGUAU